UGGCCUGGUCCUUUGUGUAAAAUGCAGUUGAGGGGGCUGCGGUGCCAAUCAGAAGACAACAAAAAUGAAUCCUGCAGAGUUUGGGGAAAGAUGAUAAAUUUGUCAGGAUCGUCAUUCUCGGAUCCCUCGGCAGUUUCAGAAAUUUCCGCGCCGAAUGACCUCGGUAUGUCGUGACUGGGACGAGUACGCACGCGUAAGAUUCGGGAAUCGCAGCCUAUGAGAGCGAUUCACGUCCACUGACGACGGCAAACUAAGAGCAAGGCAAAGAGCACGAUUUCUCAAGGAGCUCUUACUGUAGCCAGGGAUCGAGUGGAAAGCACCUCUAGCUCCGAUUCGCUUUACGCCGUCCUCAGGCUUCGUCGCCUGGACCUAGGGGGCGGGCUGAUGUUUAAGUUCACCUUCUGAGCUACGUUCAGAACUCAGGUCCAUUGAUAGUCACCUCGACCUUCGUCUGCUCGUCUGCAACUCGUCUGCGGCUUAAGAAGACAUCGAGAGGAAUAUAGAGAACGUAUUGUGUCGAGAGUGCAUGCGGCUCCGGGGCGCUGGUUGAGUGCAGUCGAGCUAGAGCAGCAGACAGCGUUGGUACGAGGUACCAGAGCUGGGACGGUCUGUGAGUAUGAAAUGCUUCGGUUUGUCCAGCUGCCUCACGGUCACUUGUGCUGCUGCCACCCCGUCUGCUCGCCCUAGAAUAAAACUCACGGUGCCUCAGGUGCCUAGAUUCAGUACUUCCCGCCGUUUGGUCUUGCUUCCACCUCGGAGGCUGAAUGAGAAGUUUGUGUGCAGAGCGAUGUCGGUAGAUACGGUGAUUGACGCAAUGCAGCCUCUGUACGCCAAGGCUGUGACUAGUUUGCCAGGUCCUCUCGCGGACCUGGUUCGGAAUACUCUCGGAGAGCAGCUUAAUGUGUUGGGUGUGCUUCUCGCAUUUGUGGUGAUUUUCGUCUCGUUCAUGCUCUCCGCCAGAGCGUUUGGCGGAGAGAAAAAAAACCUCCCCCCAAGCAUUCCAGGAGGCCUGCCAAUUCUGGGCAAUAUGUUGCAGAUGACUGACAAAAGACCACACAAAACUUUCUUCAAAUGGGCUCAGGAGCAUGGUCCUAUCUUUCACGUGAAAACCGGCAGUAUUAACAACGUCGUUAUAAAUUCCGCAGACCUUGCAAAAGAGGUCAUGGUCACCAAUUUUGACUCGAUCUCAACGAGGAGGAUGACCACCGCCAUGUGGAUUUUGACCGAGAAGAAAAUGGUGGCGAUGUCCGAUUACGGAGAUGAGCACCGUAUGCUGAAGAAGAUGGUUGUAGGAAAUUUGCUCGGAAUUACCACUCAGAGAGCAAAUCGUGGAAUCCGGGAGGACGCACUCAACACGAUGAUUGAUGACAUCUUCAAAGAUCUGAAAGGAACAGAAGGCAUGGUAGACAUCCGAGAGUGCAUAAAAUAUGCACUUUUUCCUUUCUCCAUGCGGCAGGUGUUCGGGUAUGCUCCGGAGAAACUGUUCGUGGAAGGAAUUGGGGAGCUCGGCAAGUGGGAUAUCUUCAAUAUUCUGGUCAUUGACCCCUUGAAGCAUGUCAUCGAAGUAGACUGGAGGAACUUUUUUCCGGCUCUUUCCUGGGUUCCAAAUUCAGCAUUAGAGACCCGAGUGAAGAAUACUCACGACAGGAAGCUGAAGGUUGUCGGCGCUUUGAUCGAAGAACAGCGCAAGCAACUCCAGACUCGGGAACCUACCAAGUGCUAUGCCGAUAUCGUGCUCACGGAGUUUCCGAAUUUAUCUCCGAUUCUCUUGAAGCACAGUAUCUGGGAGCCCAUCAUCGAGAGCGCAGAUACGACCCUUGUCACUUCAGAGUGGGCUCUAUACGAAAUUGCCAAAGAUCCGAAGAUGCAGGAACGUCUUUAUUCCGAGAUCAUCAGCGUUACGGGGAAUAAGCGCAUGGUCACGGAGGACGAUCUUGCCAAUCUCCCCCUCCUCGAGGCUAUAGUGAAGGAAACGCUGCGACAUUACGCUCCAGUCACAUUGCUUCCUCCCCGUUAUGUCAGCGCGGACGUCAAAAUCGGCGGAUAUGACAUUCCCAAAGAUUGGGACGUAUUGAUCAAUAUCUACGGCAUCAACUGGGAUCCGAAAGUGUGGAAGAAUCCCGAGGUGUGGAAUCCUGACAGAUGCCUGGGGGAUAAAUCUCUGGAUUUGGGGAUUAAGGAUUUUCGAAUUCUGUCAUUCGGAGGCGGUAAGCGCAUGUGUGCCGGAAUGACCCAAGCCUUUGCGAUCAUACCCAUGAACAUCGCCGCCAUAGUGCAGCACUUCGAGUUGACCCUGCCUCCGAAUGAGAACGUCAAUGCUCAGGAUACCGUGUAUCUCACCUCCCACAAACUGCAUCCGCUCCGAGCUUUUGCCAGGCCUCGAGUGAGCCAAAGGCUUCCGAAAGGCCAGACUUCUUCCUCUUUAGACGAUUCAUCAUCACAAAGGUGUCCGGCACAUGGCUCCUCAUUACAAGAUACUCCAGCGAACGGCUGUCCAGCGAAGAUUUAAGUGGCCUCCAACUGCGAAGGGCAAUGUACAUAUUACAGCUUCUUCUUAGGUGAGAUUUGCAAACAGUCAAACCAAAAUAAACUGAGUAGAGCACACAAGUAGCCGGUUUUGACACCAGUGAAUCUGCUUACAGCAGAUAGUGCUACAGCACGAUUGUAAACUGUUUGUACAACAUGUAAAAGCCACGA